ACUGCCAUGGCAACGAAAGUGGGACUGAAUAGAAGUGGAUGGGAAGUGGGCCCUUUGCUGUGGGAGCAUUCCUUAGCCAAAUAAGAGCUCCCUGCCAACAUUUCGAUUUUUUUCUGUUUGGUUCAUUUGGUGACUAGAGGACUCAUGCUCAUUGAUUAGGCUACGUCUUGGCUCAACCUCUGGUGGUAGGAUAAUGUGCAUGGAAUGAAGGGAACGGUGCUUUGUUGAAGGCGUCUGCUUGGCUGUUAUACUUGCCUAUUAUCUAGGAAGCUGGCUGAAGUAUAUGGAGCAUGGUGACAGCCGGCGCCUCUCCAACUAUACACAGAUACCAAAAUAGGACAGCGAGGUGCUGGAAACCGAACUGAGGGCUAAUUUUGAGGUUGAAGUGUGUGCGAGUAGCCUACUCUAAAGCGCUCAAAACAACAUAACUGCGCCUGUUUCAGUCCAGAAAGCGCCAUUCAUGCUAUUAUACGGUGGAAAGCCAUUAUGUCAGACAAAAGAAAAGAAAGCUACAUUUAUGAUUUUUGUGAUUUCGCCCAUCCAAAUGAGCUGUUGGAUGCCCUGAGAGAGUUCUACAUAGGUGGCAUAUUCACAGACAUUACCAUACAAUGUGCGACAGGACAAGUCUUUCACUGUCACAAGGCGGCUUUGUCAGCUCGCAGCUCUUAUUUCAAAGCCAUGUUCACAGCUGACAUGAAGGAGCGGUCAAACAACCUCAUCAAAUUAACUGGGAUUGAUUGUGACGUUCUGAGUGCUUUGCUGAACUAUAUUUACACUUCCAGGGUGAGCAUCACCAAGACAAAUGUACAGAGCCUGUUGGAGGCAGCAGACCUCCUACAGUUCAACUCAGUGAAGCAGGCUUGUGAGGACUUCCUUAUACGCUUCCUGGAUGUGGACAACUGCCUGGGAAUGCAUUCUUUUGCUGAGCUGCACAUCUGCCCUGAGCUGGAGCGGGAAGCACAAAGGAUAAUGCUCAGUAGGUUUGAGGAUGUCAUGCAGCAGGACGAGUUCCUAGAACUGGACUACUACAAGCUGAGUUCAGUCAUGGCUUCGGAGAACCUCAACGUAUGGAAGGAUGAAGUUCUCUUGGAUGCCAUGGUCAAAUGGGUCAGCCAUGACCUGGUCAAACGUGUUGAUCAUGUUCAAGACCUACUGCAUUGUAUCCGUCUUGAGCUGGAUGAAGUGUACUUCAGGACAGCCCUGGAUGUACAGAGAAAAUGCUUACUGGGCAAUGAGAGUAAAGUGAGGUCACUUAUUAUCCACACUUUGAAGCCUAACUGCAAAGAGACUUCAAUGCGAAGGAAAAAAUCACCAAGCAUGUAUGUUAUUGGAGGUUACUACUGGCAUCCACUGUGUGAAGUCAAUAUUUGGAAUCCAGUUAGCAAUACAUGGGUGCAAGGAAAAGAUAUGCCUGACCAGACAAGAGAAAGCUACAGUGUUUCUUUAUUGGGGGCAAAUAUUUAUGUGACUGGGGGUUAUAAGACUCAAACCAUUGAAGCCCUGGACACAGUUUGGAUUUAUAAUGGUGAUUGUGAUGAGUGGACGGAGGGAUGCCCCAUGAUAACUGCCAGAUACUACCACUGUUCGGUUGCUUUACGUGGCUGUAUCUACGCCAUUGGAGGGUACAGAGGGGGAGCUAUUCAACUUGAGACUGAAUAUUAUGAUCCCUUAAAAAAGAAAUGGUUCCCUACAGCGAACAUGAUACAAGGUGUAGGAAAUGCCACUGCUUGUGUCAUGAAUGAUACAAUCUACGUUACUGGGGGUCACUAUGGAUCCAGAGGAAGCAACACCUAUGAAAACAUUCAAGCCUACAGGCCAGACAUCAAUGAAUGGAACAUUGUCACAAUAACCCCUCAUCCAGAAUACGGCCUAUGCUCGGUUUCUCUGAACAACAAGUUGUACUUGGUGGGAGGACAAACUACAAUCACAGACUGCUAUGAUCCAGAGAGAGAUGAGUGGAGGCAGCUGUCAGUGAUGAAGGAGCGAAGGAUGGAGUGUGGUGCUGUAGUGAUCAAUGGCUGCAUCUAUGUGACCGGAGGAUAUUCCUAUUCAAAGGGGACGUAUCUGCACAGCAUUGAGAAGUAUGACCCCGAUCUAGACACCUGGGAGGUUGUAGGAAGCCUCCCAAGCCCAGCAAGAACACAUGGCUGUGUUUGCAUCAACAGUGUGUAGUUUCAGUGUACAUUUACAACCCAUCCAGUUCCUCUGUGCCAUACCCAUAUAAUCAUUUUGGUUGACUCCUUGGAAUAAUUAAUGAAGUAGAAUGAUUUUCACAUGUUGACAAAAUUACAAAAUAUAGCUCGUUAUCCGUGUUGUUUAUUUUAAACCGACGUUUGGCUCGUAUUUGUCAAGUAUGUCAAUAAUUUUGGAGGUGAAUAUGCACUGCAACCUGUUUUUACUUGUUAAACGUAAUAUGCAAUUUGAUCAUGCACUUGAUUUCACGGAGUGAUGUUGUGAAUUUUGCCCAAAAAAUAUAUAUUAUUAUGAAUAACAU